UGUGUCUCCAAGAACCACCGAGCCCAUCGCCCCCUUCGAUCUGUCUCGGCUCGGGAACGAAGGUGGGAACGAGGGUUGGUUCGAUGAUCGCGAAGACGGAGGAGGUAUGUGCGCUGCUUCUUCUAGGGUUGCCUCGUGGUUUGAGGGUGGGAGCUGACGGAACCAAUCAUAGGUACGGGGAGGGUGAUCGUGUGCCCCUCCCUGUAUGCCAACAAGUGAAGAUGCAAUUAAGAUUUCCUUCUCAGAGGAUGACAGCGGGAUGAAAGCUACGGAUGAUGAUAAUAUAUUCAUCAUCCAAUUUACCCUUGGAAUGUGUUCAUUCAGAUAAGAGCACAAAUGAUUUUGAAUUUGAUUGCAGUUGGGAGGAAGGUCUAGUUAAGAAAAUUUCUGAAAUUCCAAAUGGUUUUGCUGAUAUAACUGCAAGUCCAAAAAGUGACUUGAAAAAAAACCAAUCGCCUUUAGCUGAGAGCAGCAAUGAAGUAGCUGAUGUGGAUUGGGAGGAAGGUGUGUCUCAAAAUCCUGACACAAGUUCUCAAUUUCUAGAUAAACCUGUAAAAGAUGUUUCAAGAGGAACAGUUGAGGAAGAAGCUGAUAUACAAGAAGCAAUAAGGAGAAGCCUUGAAGAUUUUAAGGAACAAAACUCUUCAACCAAUUCUUCAGCAGUUGUCGAAUUAGUGAGAUCAGUGAAAGAUCAAAUCUCUGAUGCGGUUAUUUUGCACAAACUGGUGACAAAUACUUGUGUUCAUUUAGAUAAUGAUGCCGAGGAAAGUCUAUCAUGUAAUGAUGGACAGCUGGAUAAUCGCUGCAAAGAGGAUGAUUUGCAAAUCCCUGAUUCUUCAAAGAAUAAUCUUGAUUCAUAUAAUUUAUCUGGUUUAGAUUUGGAUAGAGAACCAUCUCUGCUAAGUAGAAGAGAAAAUGAUCAGAAUGUAAUGACUACACAAAGAGGCAACAUUCCACCUAGCAAACCUUCUGAUGGUCACCCAAGUUGGUUGGAACAAUCUCUUGAUGCUAGUUAUGAAGUCCAAAUUAAAUCUUAUUCAAGAAUGUCCACGGAGGAAUUGUGUGAGAUCAGUCCUAAUACCAGCACUAAGAUUACAGAUGAUUGAUCUAAAGUUGUUUUUGUACCUCGAAUCAUGACAGUCGCCAAAUAUCCAGAUCAAGUGUAUCUCCUGAAAGAGGAUAUAAUAAUUCAUUAUUAGGAAAUAGCUCCUUGAUGGAAGAAAUUAUAGACACUGGUAUGAAAUCACAACAGAAUAUUGCUGAGAAAGAUAAUGCUAUAUCUGAUCAUAUUGGAGACAGUACACAGAUCUUAAACAAUCAAAUAGAAGUAUGAGAAGCUAGUUUAGACAAAGAAAUCCCUCUCCUUAGACAAGAAUGUGUGAACCUUGGAAAUGAGCAGAGGAUGCUUGAGCGAGAUGCCGAAUCUGUGAAAAAUGAGAUGUUUGCUGAGUGUCAGCCAAUGGAUAACAUCCAUAUAGAUCCAGUAGUUCUUGCCUCCAUCAAUGCAAUUGGAUCUUCUUGUUCAGAUGAGGGAGAGCAUCAUGGCUGAGAACAGGCAGAAAUAUCAGAAAAUUAAAAAGCCAAUGGAUAACAUCCAUAUAGAUCCAGCAGUUCUAGCCUCCUUGCCUCCAUCAAUGCAAUUGGAUCUUCUUGUUCAGAUGAGGGAGAGCAUCAUAGCUGAGAACAGGCAGAAAUAUCAGAAAAUUAAAAAGGACUCACACAACCAAGCUGGUAUUGUCUACAAUGGCGGUUUGGUGCCUCUUCCUAAACUUCUUGACUCAAAAAAUGGAUGUUUGCAACAUAAUGCUGCAUUUGCUCUAUAUGGUAUUGCAGAGAAUGAGGAUAAUGUUUCUGAUUUUAUCAAGGUAGGAGGUUUUCAGAAGCUACAAGAUGGUGAAUUCAUUAUCCAGGCCACCAAGGACUGUGUAGCAAAGACAAUGAAGAGAUUAGAGGAGAAGAUUAAUGGGCGAGUACUAAAUCAUUUAUUAUAUCUGAUGCGAGUUGGAGAGAAGGCUGUCCAAAGACGUAUAGCUUUGGCUCUUGCCUUUGAAGGCUGUCCAAAGGCCCAUGUCUUAGUUUGUUCCAUUCUUCUCAGGAGCGUUAUUUGUUCUUAUCAUUUGUUUUGAUACCCGACAUAGUUACUCCUUAUUUCGACAAUUUUUAUUGUUUUGUAGAAUUGAUAUUAGUUAUUUGAAUUCAUUUGUGACUUCCAAAGCUGGAAUAGUAGACUCAAAUUGGUUGUUUAAAUUCAUUCAAAAUUCUGAAUAUGUAAUUUAGAUGCAAUUUGAUCAUUUUUUUAUCUCAAUUGUCUUGUAUUUCUUAACAGUGGCUUAUUUGUUGCUGAUAUUAUGAAUUUAUAUUCAUCUUACGAAUUUAACAUGAUGCAGGCGUUCUUCUCGCUAUUGAAAUCCGACCAUAUCAUAUCAACAAGACUUCCGAAGAGAUUGCAUUUCCUUCCAUGAUGUGUGUGUUUAAUAUUUUGCAUAUCAGUUGACAAUUCAGAAUUGUUUUGGCCAUUGCCAAAUGCUUCAAACCAUGUAAUUCUUUAUGUAAUUCUUUAUCUAUUCAGUGAUAAUUUAAGUGA